UCUUUUCUUCUUCUUCUCUCUCUCUCUUCCUACACCAAGACAAAUCAGCCUGUUUCCGCCCGAAGCCACCCUUAAAGCCGCUGUCCGGCCUCCGAUUGGCCUUAUGUUUACACGGAAUUGAAGCUCCGCCUCUCCUAUUGCUUUCUUCUGGUAUAUUUCCUAGAAACAAUCCUGAAAGAAGCGAGACUGGAAUCUUAGUUUCCAAGUGUCCUUAUUCCGAUCUCGGAAUCGCACCGUUGGAUCGGCCCGAGACUAACAUAUAUCCUUAUCCGCCUCAACCGCUACUUGCUAACGGUUCAGAUUGGUCAAUAAAUACUCCGAACCAUUAGAAAUCCUCUUGCCCGAUUUUGAGGAAGGAUAGACACUUAACCUGUUGAAGAUUCUUAUAGUGAUCUCUGUAUUGUUAAAUAUCUGACAAGAUUGGAGGAACCAAAUUAACUAGCCAUAUUUGUACUUGUACCCGGAGUUUCUCUUCUACUCUGGUGUCAAGUAGUAAGAAAAAAGCCACUGCAUCCUGCAAGAUUUGUUGUGGUAGACCAUUAGUUGCUGGGAUAGGGUCUGUGUCUUCAGGCACGAUGAGCACAGUAGGCCUGGACCUCACAAGUCCUAUGGAUCCUGACCUGACUUGGAAGAUAGUUUCAAAAAGGAAAAGGAGUAUGAUGAGACGAACCAGGAGACCGGUUGCUAAAAUCUUGAUGCUGGGAAUGGUGCUAGCUGAUAAAAAUGCCAGGACAGUGGAGCGUGUCAUGGUUUCAGAGUCAGAGAAGGUUGGUGUGGAUGUUCUAGGAAGGCGCUUUUGUGAAAGAGUAGAGAAUGCUCCAAUCAAGAAAAGGAGAUUUGUGUUCCGAUAUCCGUCGCCACCACCUCCAUUGACUCCUUAUUUGCACCUUGAAGCCUCUGAACAGCAUGUAGAUUUUAUACCUGCUUCAAAUCAGAAUUUUGGUUCAAACACUGAACAGGGGCAACAACUCAUGAAAUCGAAUUGUUCUGCCAAGUCAUAUAUUGCUAGUGUCGGUGAUAAGAAGAUUUCAGAGGUAAUAAAUGGUGUCGAAGAUUUCUCAGGGAUUGAAAUACUUGCAGCUGCUGCUUGCAGUGAUAGCAUCUGCAAUGAUGUUACUGAAUAUGAGGGGAAUCCAUUAGUAGAAGAGCCAACAGUGGAGAGGAUGCAGUCUUCAGCUUCUUCAACUCAUUUGGAAGAAAUUACUGCAUCAUUGGAGGCAGCAUGUAGCUUUCGAAAAGAUUCGGUAAAUGAAAGUAGGUCUCAGGGUUCAUCUUUCCAAGACAAUUCCUUUGCUGUUUUGCAUGAAUUUCCUAGUGACAAGGAUACAGAGCCAGAAAGUCUUGUUCCUUUGCCAGAUAAUAGGUCACUCUGGGAUUUAAAUGUUUCAGUGGAUGCUUGGCUUUGUGAUGGAGGGACUGUUGAUACUCAAAAGGAUUCUUUUGCUAAUAUUUCUGGGAGAAGUGAAGAGUUGCAGAUUACAAAACCUCAAGAUAUAAAAAAUGAAACUUUGAAUGAAGAGGUUUCAUCUGAUGUCGAUGGGGGUGAUAAGAUGACUUCAGACUUGAGAACCAUGCCUGUUGAGACUGACGACUUGAGUACAGAGAAGCAGGAAUCUGAAGGAUGCUCUGGUUAUGACUCAAAAUCACACUUGCAGAUUCAGGAACCUCUAGAUAUAAAAGAUGAUACUACAGAUAAAGUCGUUUCAUUUGAUGUUGUUGGAGAUAAUAGGAUGGCUUCAGACUUGGGAACCUUCCCUGUUGGGACCGAUGAUUUGAGUGAAGAGAAACAGGAGUGUGAGGGAUGCUCUGGUUUUGAUUCCCACUUGCAGACUAAGAAACCACAAGAUAUAAAAAAUGUUGCUACAUACGGAGUGGUUUCAUCUGAAGUUGAUGGGGUUAAUAUGAUGACUUCAGACUUGAGAACCAUACCUGUCGGUAGUGAUGACUCGAGUACAGAGAAACAGGAAUGUGAAGGAUGUCCUCGUUAUGAUUUACACUUGCAGACUAAGGAACCUCAAGAUACAAAAGAUGAUACUACAAACAAAGUAGUUUCAUCUGAUGUUGAUGGGGGUAAUAGGAUGACUUCAGACGAGAGAACCAUGCCUGUUGGGACUGAUGACUUGAGUACAGAGAAACAUGAAUCUGAAGCAUGCUCUGGUUAUGAUUCACACUUGCAGACUAAUGAACCUCAAGAUACGAUACCUGAUACUAUGAAAGAAGCGGUUUCUUCUGAUGUUGAUGGGGGUAAUAGGUUGACUUCAGACACGAGAACGAUGACUGUUGGGACUGAUGAUUUGAGUACCGAGAAACAGGAAUCUGAAGGAUGCUCUGUUUAUGAUUCACACUUGCAGACUAAUGAAUCUCAAGAUACAAAACAUGAUGGUAUGAGAGAAGUGGUUUCACCUGAUGUUGAUGGGGGUAAUAGGUUGACUUUAGACUCAAGAAUAAUGCUUGUUGGGACUGAUGAUUUGAGUACAGAGAAACAUGGAUCUGAAGGAUGCUAUGGUUAUGAUUCACAUUUGCAGACUACGGAACCUCAAGUUAUAGAAAAUUACACUACAAUCCCAGUGGUUUCAUCUGAUGUUGGGGGUAAUAGGAUGACUUCAGACUUGAGAACCAUUCCUAUUGGGCCUGAUGACCUGAGUACAGAGAAACCGGGAUCUGAAGGAUGCUCUGGUUAUGAUUCACAAUUUGAGGAUGGGGAGUUGAGGGAAUCAGAUGUUCAGUAUUGGGAGGAAGCUGAACAGGGGGAUUAUGACGCUGAAUUUGAGGAAGAAAGAUCAUUUGGCUUGGAAGCUGAGAGUGGUGAGCAGGAACUAAAGGUAGAACGAGGAUCAAAUAUGGAACUAACUGCGAAUUUUAAAAGUUGUGAAUCCGGGGAGGCUUUGAGGAAAAAUUCAGUGAGCUUGAAGAUUAGAACUGUGGAAGUGUCUGAUGGUGAAAGUAUGAAAAUUGACUGCUUGGAUGGGUCUAAUUAUGAUCUUCGAGUUGAUAUAUCCAAGGUAUCAAAACGGGAAUUGCUUUCAUGUGUUGAAGGAUCAUUUUCCUCUGAUGUUCAUCAGAGAAGCAGGUUUGACAGUUUCAAUGCUUCGUAUCCUCGAGCUGGAAGGGGCGCUGGUUCCGAGAAAUCUGCAGGGAGUGAUGGAUCUUGUUCACAUAUUCGUGGAAGAAGCCCCAGAGGUGCUCACGUUUUCAGUCCUUCAGCUAAUUAUUGGGAUUCUAAGCGGCGGCAUCCACCUAUUUCUGAUUUCCCUGAUAAUAUUGGGCGCCCCAGACCAAAAUGUGUUUUUGGGAACCGAGAAUAUCUUACAGGCACAGACCAAAUACCUUCGGAAGCUGCUGGUACUGCAAGACCUGGCCACCGUAUUAGCAGGCAAUUUAUGAGUUCUUACAGGUCACCUGUUAGAAGGAGAUCACCAACCGAAAGAGUUGAUUCUUACAGUAUGCAUCCAAGGAUUCCAACCGUAAGAGAUACUAGUCCUGAUCGGAGUAGGUUUAGAAGACACCCGCAAGGGGAUAGUAGAGGCAUCAGAGAUGAGUAUCUCAGGCAUAUUCCUGAUGACAGCACACAAUACCUGAGUCGCAUGCCACAUUGUUUAGACAGGAGAGGAAGCAUUUCCCCCCAUGGUGGAAGACAUCAUCACACCAUACCUUACAAGAGAGCUCGAUCAAGAUCAAGGAGUCGCUCUCCGAUUGGUUGGUUAUCGAGGGAUCGAAAUGAGGGUUCAAGACGUCACAAUAGGUCACCAGAUUUUAGGUCUGAAGCUAGAAUGGAUAGAGUGAGGCUGCCAUUGACAAAGCGAUUUGGUGCAGUUCAUGGAGAGUUCAUUUCCCCACCCCGAAGUCAAGUUUCACCGCAACGAAAUUACAGGAUGUUUGAGGAUCGUAAUCCUGGUUUAGACUAUUUGAGAGGACGAAAAUCGUAUGCGAGGAUGCAGGACCACAGGUAUGAUCAAGCGCGGCCCAUUCGGAGAUUGAAUCCAAAUGAUUACUUUGACCCCACGAUUCAACGUAGAAGAUUUCUUGAUAGAGCUGCUGGUAGUAAAGGGUGUAAAUAUGAAGUCAGUGAUGAUGGUAAACAUGGCAGCAGGUAUGCAAUGAUUCAUCGGGUGAGGUGUUAUGAUACAGAUGGUGGAGCCCGCCGGCUCCAGUAUAAUGAAGAAGAUUCAUACAUGGCUAAGAACUCGUUAACCGUGACUAAUGCAACUGGGGUCUCAUCAAGUUGCCCGGAGGAUGCUGAUGCUCCUAGGACAGCCAGUGAACAUUGGUGAAUUUGGAUUAUGCAACUGUGAGAGGGUUUGACUGGAAAGGGAGAUAUGAAAUCUAGAACCGGUAAUAUCCCUCUCUUUACCUAAUCAUAUGCUUGUAUUUGGCCGGCGGGUGGGAAAUUUUGGUUUGGUUUUUUUUCCAGUUUACCUUACCUGAUCAUAUCUAAAAUUAACAGGUUAUUAUUAUUUUUAUUAUUUAGGAUGAGUGUGCUUUUUCUAAUUCGAUAUCGCACGGAGGGAAUUCAUGUUUA